AUGCCUCCCACUAUACAAGACUUACCUGAUCCUAUAAUUGAAUACAUACUAAGUUAUUUAUCGCCUUAUAAAGAUUUAAAACAAUGUAUGCAAGUGAAUAGAGCAUGGUAUAGAUAUGUUUAUGAUGUGAUUCGCAAGACUCAGCGUGACUUCUACAAUGCGGUGUGCAACAUGACAGUCCAGUGGUGCCACCGAUUGGCCGAGCCCGGGCCAACCAUCUCCAAGCGCUACUCGCACAGCGCCUGUUGCAUCAGGAACUCCAUGUACAUCUUCGGAGGAUGCACCACGGCCAACACGACCUUCAACGACCUCUGGCGCCUCGACCUGGGGACACGCUGUUGGAUACGACCCCUGGCCACAGGAACCUAUCCACCACCUAAAGCCUGUGCAACUCUGGUGUGCCACGAAGAUAAUCUAGUCUUGUUCGGGGGAUGGACCCACACAGCGCCCUACCCCCUGCAUCAGGUGUGGCGUGUGUUCAACCAGAUCCACCUGUACAACACAGUGAGCAACAGGUGGACCCACCUGGUGUCCCCCAGCUACUGCCCCCCCAUGGCGGGGCACUCGGCUUCCGUCCACAACCACCUCAUGGUGGUCUUCGGGGGGAUACAGCGGCAGAUGUGCGACGGACCCUUCCUCAGCUCCAACGACACCUGGACCUUAGAUCUGAAGACACUGAAAUGGCAGAAACAAGCUACCUCCCCCGUUCAGCCACCCCCUCGCUAUGGACACUCACAGAUUCCAAUAGACAGACACCACUUGCUAAUCAUGGGUGGUUGCGGUGGACCUAAUAUGCUGUACACAGACAUCUGGUUGUUGAAGAUGACCGACGAUCCAGACGAUGUCUGGGAAUGGCAGGAAAUGGAUGUGGAGAUGAAAGAGAACGCUGCGCCUUAUCUGGCCUUCCAUCCAGCCUGCAAGGUGGGCAGCCAAGUGGUGGUGAUGAGCAAGACACAGAAGUCUCGGACCACCCCUUCCUGUCUCCCCCACCUGUUGAGAGCCCCCUCUCGCAUCUGGGUACCUCCCCGACACCCCAUCGAAGAUUGCACUCCGAAGGCACCGAAGCCCCAGGAGGCGGAGCUUUGCAUCAAUGGCAAGCGGGGCGUCUUGAAGCGGCAGAAGCACGACCCCGCCUCCAGCAGCGAGGAGGACGAAUCCCGGUCGCAGGAGGGCGGAGCCAAGAGGAGCAACGGCUUCCCCGCCUCCCGGGAGGAUGCCCCUCCCUCCACGUCCGGUCACCAGAGCACGUCGGGGGCGGGUCCUCCAGAGGGCCCCGCCUCCAGGGAGGGGCGUCGGCAGGGCCCGCCCAUGCCCGGCCCCUCCGCGGCGGCCUCCCGCAGGAACAGGGAGCGGAGGCUCGAGCGGCUGGACCGCAUGGAGCAGAGGCUCAGGGAACUCAGGGAAGCAACGCACAGCUACCCGACCAUCUCGCCGUUCUCCGGCCCGUUCCGGAAGCCGGCCCGGCCGUCGACGCCCCGGAACCCCAUGUGCAUGUACGUGCUGGACGUGGGGGCCGCCCUGGGGGAGGGGCGGGUGGCGUGGCGCCCCCUCGGGAGGCAGUCCCCCUGCGCCCCCGAGGAGAUCAUCCUCUACUCCCUGGUGCUGGGCAAGGGGGAGCUGGUGAUGUUCGGCGGCAUCCAGAAGGACCUCCACUCGGGACAGCAGGAGGGGGAGACGGUGCCCGAGGUGGUCUCCAACUCCCUGCACUUCAUGGAGGCGCAGCGCUUCGUCAUCUGA